AUGGCAAUGAAAGCAUCAGAAAAAGGGAAAGGCUGUGUGCUUCAGACAAUCAGGCCCAAAAAGGGUGCUGUUAUUCUGAAUUUGAAGAUUAUUCUGUUUUCUGCUAGCACUGCAAAUAGUGAGUUUGGUUUCUGCAGUAAGAAAGCCAUUUCUUCCAGCUCAAGAAGUGAUUCUACAAUCCCCACCACCAUAUACUACAGAAUCAAAAAGGGUGCGUUAAUCUUUCUUAUGUUUGGAACUGGGUGGUCUACUUGGUAUACUAAUGACCAAUAUAUUGUUGCACUGUGUUUUCUCUCUAUGUUAAAGGGUUUCGUGGACAUAGAAGGCACCUCAGACACAAUGCAGGAAGCAUAUGAUGGAGGAGUGAGCAAAAUAGGGUCAAGUCCACCAAGUUGUGAGCACAAGUGCUACGGUUGUGUUCCAUGUGAAGCCAUCCAAGUUCCCAGCACCAGCACCAGGCGCAGCCAUUUGGGCAUCCAGUAUGCAAAUUAUGAGCCAGAGAGCUGGAAAUGCAAGUGUGGUCCCUCCUUAUAUAGCCCAUGA